AUGGAAGACAACAACAAGGCCAACACUCACCGUUAUCACGUCCGCGACUGGGACUCGCGCGACUGGAAGAAGGCCUGGAAACAGCUCCUCAAGGACGUUCCCAACAUCAUCAAAGCCGCGAACAUCCCCGUCUGCGGUCCCAAGAACGAAGGAUUCACCGGCCCCAUCGCCACCGCCAAAGAGGGUAUUUACGUCAAUGGCAUCGGCGCGGACGCCCAGGACCCGCUGUGCAUCCGCCGCGACGCCAUGAGUUUCUCCGUCUGCACCGGCGGCAAGCCUUAUGAUUUGGUUGUGGGCUGUGUUUUGCUGAGAGCUUAUCUGCUGGCGCCGGGCGUGGUUGAACUUAGAUCCGACGGACGUUGGGAUGGCGCGCAGUGGAUGCACGUUCGUCAGCUUUACCAUCGUAUCUGGCCUCAUGAUCGUGUCUGGUGUCCCUGGGACGGACAGCCGCUUGUCAAGGAGGUGCAGCGUCGUCGCGAUGUCAUUCCUAAGGCUGAGGCGCUUAGAAACUGCGUUGUGCAGUGA